ACUACCGUAUAUAUUAUACAUUUCGGUUGCUGUGGAGUUAUCUAUGAUUCGGUUAUUAUGAUGAUAUCCAGGACCACUUCAAUGAGCUUAAAUAGUAUUGCACUUCUUCACGUUUAUUCAGAAUGGACCGGGCAUCAUUUACAGUAGCGAAAAUAGGGAAGAAUGAUGGGGGCGGGCCUUUUCGAGAUUGUUGCCAUGUUUGCCCUUUGAUAUUUCUACGUUGAUAACAACACAAACGCGUUGGGGAGAUUCAUGCAAUUUAAAGUUACUUACUAAUCUGACCUAACGGUUGUGAUCGUAAAUAUUUUCCGUCGAAGAUUCCUACCCCUUCGUUUUCCUCUAGGGCCUGUGCCGUCUUUUAUAGUGGUAGUACACGCGAUUAUUAUCCUACCACCAGCAUAGCGUUAGUAUUGUAAUGCUGUAGGUCUAGAUAGUAGUCGGUCGAGUCGUCUCGUUAAAAUGAUCUAUAUCAUGGAUCCAACAGUGCAAAAAGAUGUUUCAAAAAACGAUAACAACACAACUAAAUCUAUUAAUGACUUCAUUGAGCGCCACUUUCCUUCAGCACCACCACUUACGUCAUCUCCUGUAAAUUUAGCUUGUAGACCUUCAGAAAUAUUACCAUCUUCCCAAAGCCAUCUACCUUCUUCUAGAGAGAGCAGCAGAGCCAGCUCACAUCCAAUAUUAACAGUCACACAGUCCCCUCGAGUUCCUCCUCCUGUAGCCCCUAAACCACGUCAACCACCUAAAAUCACUAGGAUAGGCCAAGAAAAUGGGUCGUCACCUAUUUCAAGUGGCGGUGGUCCACUUCUACAUCCUCCACUUUCUCCGCUCGAUGCUGUUGCAGGAACACCACCCAUGUCACUGCCUGUAAAUUCAGUUUGUAAACCUCCAGCAGUAUUACAAUCAUCCCAAAGCCUUCUGACUUCUUCGAGAGAUAGCAGCAGAGCCUGCUCACAAUCACUAUUCGCAGUAAUACAUCCGUGUCGAGUUCCCCCUCCUGUACCCCCUAAACCAUGUAAGCCACUCAAAAUCACUAGGACAGGUCAUUCAAGUGGUUCUCUUUCACCACCUCCACCGUGGUCCCCUGUAAAUUCAGGUUGUAGACCAUCUGCAGUAUUGCCGUCAUCUCUUCGAAGCCUUCUACCUUCCUCUGGAGACAGUAUGAGAGCUGCCUUACAACCACUAUUAGCAGCAACACAGUCGGCUCCAGUUCCGCCCCCUGUAGCCCCUAAACCAUGUCAACCACGCAAAAUCACCAGGCCAGGCCAAGCAAAUGGGCCACAACCUCUUUCAAGAAAUAAUGGUCAUCUUACACAACCUCUACUUCCUCCAACAUCUGCUGCUGCGACACCACCACCCACGUCACCUCGUGUAAAUUCAGCUCCUAGACCUUCAAAAGUAUUACAAUCAUCCCGAAAUCUAUCUUCUUCAGGAGAUAGUAGCACAUCCAGCUUACAUCCGCUAUUAGCAAUAAAACAGUCGUCUCGAGUCCCUCCUCCUGUAGCCCCUAAGCCAUGUCAACCACCUAAAAUCACCAAAGUUCCGCCUCCUGUAGCCGCUAAACCAUGUCAACCACUCAAAAUCACCAGGCCAGGUCAAGCAAGUGGGCCACAACCUCUUCCAAGAGGUCAUAGUCCUCUUUCACAACCUCUACUUCAUCGAACAUCUACUGUUGCGACACCACCACCCACGUCACCAGCUCUUGUAAAUUCAGUUUGUAGACCCUCAACAGUAUUACAAUCAUCCCAGAAUCUCUUACAUUCUUCAGGAGAUAGCGCCAAAGCCAGCUUACAUCCACUAUUAGCAGUAACACAGUCGUCUCGAGUUCCUCCUCCUGUAGCCCCUAAGCCAUGUCAACCAUCUAAAAUUACCAAAGUUCCGCCUCCUGUAGCCCCUAAACCAUGUCAACCACUCAAAAUAACUAGGCCAGUUCAAGCAAAUGGGCCACAACCUCCUUCAAGAAGUAAUAGUCCUCUUUCACAACCACUACUUCCUCCAACAUCUACUGUUGCGACACCACCACCCACGUCACCAGCUCCUGUAAAUUCAGCUUGUAGACCUUCAACUGUAUUAAAAUCAUCCAAAAAUCUUAUACAUUCUUCAGGAGAUAGCAGCAAAGCCAGCUUACAUCCACUAUCAGCAGUAAAACAGUCGUCUAGAGGCGCUCCUCCUGUAGCCCCUAAGCCAUGUCCACCACCUAAAAGUACUAAACCAGGUCAAGGAAGAAAACCGCCCCCCGCUACUAUGACAGGACCGGUACUUCGAACAUCUCUUACUUUAGAGGGCAGUGGUCAAAAUCGUCGUAAUAAUGUUGUUCAGAAGAAAACUGUGGAAUUCCAACAUGGUUUUGAUCUUGUCCAAGUACAGGAGGAGAAAAAGAACUUUCUCAUGAUUCAAUCACUCGUAAUUGAUGUUGGAACUGAGCAGAUGAGGAAGUAUUUUCUUAAGGAAACCGGAGUUAAGAGAGAAAAUGUUGGACAAUUUCUCAUACAGGAGCAGGACGGUUCCUUAAAGAAUAUCAAACUUGUUCUCGACCAGAAGCAAAUAAUGUACAAAAAAGAUGCUGAUAUCAGAAGAUUUGAUAUCACAAUAAUGAUGAUACUGAUUCGGUAUUGCUGUAAUGUAUCACAACCAGACAAAUUCUGGGGAAAUCCUCGAAGAAAAGAUAAGUCAAAGCUAGCUAAUUUAGUAAGAAUACAAAAGUACAGAAAUACCAAGAUAGCACAUAAUCCAGACCUUAGAAUUCCAGCCGCUGAGUUUAAAAAAGAUUGGAGAACACUAACAUCAAUUUUCAAGGGCUUGGGCGUUACGCCUGAUGAAAUUAACAAGUAUCGCCAAAUAGAUAUUUAGCGUAACGAUUAUAGUUAUUAGGUAAGCUAGGCCGUUACCAAGCUAACACUUCGAAGUUGUAAUAACGUUAUAAUAUUUUUAUACUUUGUUGUACUGCGAGCACAUUUACUUGCAGAUACAAUCGGUAUUGUUGGCUUGUGUGAAACAUGGUUGAAUGAAACUGUUUGGGAUACUGAAUCUGCUUUGAUAAUUUUUUUACAUGUCCAGGAGAGAUAGAGGUGAUGGAAGAAGAGGUGGUGGUUUGCUGUUACUAGUGCAUAAUAACAGUAAAGUCUUCUCGCAUUAGUGACAUGGAAAAUGAUAAACAAGCACAUACAUUAGGCCAUUGGCUGUAAUCGUAUCACUAACGGUUUGAAAGCUGAUUCUGUUCCGCUCUCUAUUCCCUUAAUUUAAAUCAAUGUCUGCCUCUCUUAUAUUAAAACCUUUAUGUUUUUCUUUUAAGAUUGGCGAUAUUGGUUUAGAAAUUUUAAUUUUCUUUUCAUCGCGAUUUUUUUUUUAUUGGCUGUUAAGCUAACGUUUUGUAAACAUAUUGAUUAUGUUAUUCGUUAUGGAAACAUAAUGCCUUGUUUCAUUUUGGAGACAUUGUAGAGAAAUCAAUUGCUCUGGUGCCAUUAUUGCCUUAUAUCUUUAUUUAGUUACAGUACUUAUAAUUUUGAAUAUUGUUGUGUUUUUAGUUCUGCUUCCGAAUCUUAUUUAAUUGGCAUCAAUAGGAUGCAUUUUAAGUUCAUGAGGUUUUUCGAAAAAUGAUUCAAUCGCCCUUGUAAAUUAAUUUGCCCUAGAAAUAGAUUUUUAUUUCACGAUAUGGUAUUUCUUUAUAUAUGUGUCUUUUCGUAUUUUAGUUGUGAUUUUAUACAUAACAAUAAUAAUAAUAUUUAAAUACUUGUAAUGCGCCGAUUAAAUGAUCCAAGAAGC